UCGGUCAGUCAGUCCAUCCUAGAGUUAAACAAAUGGCUCGGCGGUGCAGUAAAUCGAAAGCCAUUGUCCUGAGCCUGAGCCUGAUCCUGCUGCUGUCGCUGUCGGCGACGCAGUCCAAGCUGCUGACACGCUGCCAGCUGGCCAAGGAGCUGCUGCGUCACGACUUUCCGCGCAGCUAUCUGUCCAAUUGGGUCUGUCUGGUCGAGUCGGAGAGCGGUCGCAGCACUUCGAAGUCCAUGCAGCUGCCCAAUCAGAGCGUCAGCUACGGACUCUUUCAGAUUAACAGCAAGAACUGGUGUCGCAAGGGCCGUCGCGGUGGCAUCUGCAACAUCAAAUGCGAAGAGUUCCUGAACGAUGAAAUCUCCGAUGAUUCGCGCUGUGCCAUGCAGAUCUUCAAUCGUCACGGCUUCCAGGCCUGGCCCGGCUGGAUGAGCAAAUGUCGUGGCCGCACGCUGCCCGAUGUCUCCCGCUGCUAAGACCCCCUCGAUUGGGUCGCCAGCUACGCCUCUGGCACUUUGGAGGAGCAGUUCAGAUUCAGCUUUUUAGUUCUAAACAUAUAUGCUAGCUGUUAGGUUUAAGUUUCGCUCAAUUCAUUGGUUCAUUCAAUUAUAUAAUGCGACAUAUUCGGUUCAUAUUGCUUCGAGAUUACGUUUUUCCAGG